UUUUUAGGAGCAACAUGCAGAAGAUAAGCACAGGGGGAGUUUGAAUUUGUCUUAAACGAGUUAAAAACUGGAGGCUUCCUCCUCUCCUUAUAUAACGACCCGAUUAUCAGCAGCUACAUGCAUAUGGAUCUUUGAUUAGAGAAGUUUGAGAGAAAUGGAGGCUGCUGCUUUGGAGAUACCCGUGUCUGGUGAUCCAGUUAAGGGAGAAGAGACAACCCUGAUGAAAUUUAACGGCGGAGAUAAAGGGGGUGUUUGUGAUUCCAUGAAGGUGCAUCUUAUGGCCGCCACAGAAAGAUCAUCCAUGGAGAACAAUUCAAUAGACCCCUCAACACAAAAGAAUCAGGAGGAUCGGAUCAAAUCAGCCAAAGAAGAGGUGGGCGAGGUUAGAGAAGAAAACGAAAGGUUGAAGCAGAUAUUAGCAAAAAUCAAGAAGGACUACCAGUCACUGCAAAUGCAGUUCAGUGAAAUUGCUCAACAUGAGGAAGCUAGGAAAUCUACAGAUACAAUUCUUACUCAUCAGGAAGAAGAAGAAGAAACUGAUCUUGUCUCCCUUAGCCUAGGAAGAGUUUCAAGUACCGAGUCUAAGAAGGAUGACAAAAAGACAAGCUUUCUGAGUGGUAAAGGAAAAGAGGAUGAGAAGAUGGAUGAAGGACUUGCACUAGGGCUGGAAUGCAAAUUUGAACCCGACCCAACCGAACACAUGAUGAAUGCAAGCCCUGAAAAUAGCUUUGAAGGACCCAAGGAAGAGGAGCCCCCUAGUGAGACAGGGCCACCCAGUAAGAUUCUAAAGAUGGGGAGAAGUCGGGAUGAAGAAGUUUUAGAGCAAACCCAUUUGAAGAAAGCUAGGGUUUCUGUCCGAGCUAGAUGCGACACCCCCACGAUGAAUGAUGGAUGCCAGUGGAGGAAAUAUGGACAGAAAAUAGCAAAAGGAAACCCUUGCCCUAGAGCAUACUACCGGUGCACAGUCUCACCAUCAUGCCCUGUGAGAAAGCAGGUGCAAAGAUGUGCGGAGGACACGUCCAUCUUGAUCACCACCUAUGAAGGAACUCACAACCACCCACUUCCUGUUUCAGCAACAGCAAUGGCUUCCACCACAUCUGCGGCCGCCUCCAUGCUACGCUCCGGCUCCUCCACCUCACAACCAGGCAUGGAGGCCUUCGCAACCUCCUCUACUGCCAACCUCCACGGCUUAAACUUUUCUAUACCCCAAAAUUCAAGAUCACAGCAAUUCUACUUCCCCAAUUCUUCAUUCUCAACUUCCAAUUCACACCCAACUAUCACUCUUGAUCUCACUGCACCAACUGCUUCUCAUUUCAAUAGGUUGUCUUCAAGUUUCCCUUCUGCACCAAGAUAUCCUGCAACUUGCCUCAACUUUUCUUCUUCUUCAUCUUCGUCUCCUUUAGAUCCCAGCAACCUACCAACAUCUUGGGGUACCCUCCCUAGUUAUGGGGCACUGUCGUCCUACAACAAAAACCAGAUUGGGCCUUUCAACUUUGGAAGGCAACCACCCUCCCAAGAAAACAUUUAUCAACCUUACAUGCAAAAGAUCAACAACCAGGCUCCUUCCCAACAAUCUCUUACAGAGACCAUAGCCACCGCAACCAAGGCAAUCGCAGCCGACCCUACAUUCCGAUCAGCAUUAGCAGCUGCCAUCACGUCAUUAGUUGGUAAUGCAGGUGGUGCAGGUGGAGGAGAGAACCAAGUCAAGGGAGAAAACCCUAGCCAUAAUUUGAAGUGGGGUGAGUUCUUAUCUGUGAACUCCGCAUUGGCAUCUUCUCAUAAUGGAGUAGGGUGUGCCUCAAGUUACUUGAACCGUUCCUCUUCUGCAAAUUCUCAACAACAAGGGAACUUGAUUUCGUACCCGCCUUCAUUUCCAUUUUCUGUACCUAAGAGUGCUUCUGCUUCCCCUUCUGAUCACAAGGAUAAUAUCCAGUGAAUGGUACUGAAGAAUUGAAGGGUUUUACCUAAUUUUUGGUAAUGUAUUUAUUUUAGGAUUGAAGAUACUUACGCGCGCAUACACUGCUUGUAGAUAAUUCCAUACUUUGACUAAUCGUUGUGACAAUAUUUCUCCUAUUUAAAUUGUACUCUACACAUGCACUGAUCAUAGCAGAUAAACUACUACUUGAAGAUUAAGUCA